CUUAAAAAGAAAAAAAAAUACUAAAUUUCUCUUCUCCGCUCCCCAACUUCCUCGCAGGAAGGAAGGACCCGUCUUCUAGCCCCGCCGCUCUUUGAUACCAGGACAUUUUUCCAGAAUUAAGUCACAUAGGUCAAAUCUUUGUAUGAUACCCUUUAGUCUUUACUAGUGUCUGAACUCUGAACUCUGAAGAAAUGUUGAUAUGUCCGGAGAGUGAUUCGAUUAGGAUAAGAGAAGUUUGGUUUGAUAAUCUGGAAGAAGAGUUCUUUUUAAUCAGGGAAAUUGUCGAUGAUUACCCUUACAUCGCAAUGGAUACCGAGUUUCCAGGCAUAGUUCUUCGUCCUGUAGACAAUUUCAAGAGUUCCACCGAUUACAAUUUCCAUACCCUUAAAGCAAACGUGGAUCUCCUAAAGUUGAUCCAAUUAGGUUUAACAUUUUCAGACGAAAAUGGUAACCUACCCACCUGUGGAACUGAGCACUACUGUGUAUGGCAGUUCAAUUUUCGCGAAUUCAACCCGAAUGAGGAUGUAUACGCGAAAGAUUCAAUAGAGCUGUUGAGAUCAAGCGGGAUUGAUUUCGAGAAGAACAGAAGGAAUGGAGUUGAUGCUGGUGAGUUCUGCGAGCUGCUGAUGUCUUCUGGAAUAGUGUUGAAUGAUAAUGUGCGUUGGCUUACUUUUCACAGUGCUUAUGAUUUUGGUUACUUGUUGAAACUACUUACUUGGGAUAAACUGCCUGAGAGUCAAGAGGAUUUCUUCGCUUUGAUCAAGCUGUAUUUUCCGGUAAUAUAUGAUAUAAAACAUCUGAUGAGAUUCUCUAAUAGUCUUCAUGGUGGAUUGAAUAAGCUGGCUGAAUUUUUGGAAGUGAAGAGGAUUGGUAUAAGUCAUCAAGCUGGUUCAGAUAGUUUGCUAACUUGUUAUACUUUCAUGAAGCUUAAAGACAAGUUUUUCAGUGGUCAAACUGAUCAAUAUGCUGGUGUUCUUUAUGGUCUUGGAGCUGACUGAUUUGAUCUAAUCCAAUCCAAUAACUUCAUUUUGUAAUAGUAUAAUAUUAUCAUUUGCAGGUUUCCUUUUCAGACAUUGUUGUGUUGUUAAUGUUUUUUUUUUAUGAUUAUGGACCAUUUUGUCAGUUAUCUUACCUUAUAAUUUUCUCAUUUUAAAACUA